UCUGGGCAUGUCCAACCAGGAGAUCUAAUGGAAGACCCAGGGCACACUGAGCAGACCACCGUCUAUUUCUCGACUGGUCUGGGAACACCUUCAGAUUACUCUUAAGGCUCUUGCCCAAGUGUCUGACUUCACGACCCAACCUCAGAUAAACGAAGGAAAAUGGAUAGAUGGAUGGAUAUUGUAUUUACAUUUCUUUAAUUCUGAAUCAAACAAAUAUCUUAGUCUAGAUUGUACAAAAUUAGAAAAUAUUCCUUUCAGUAAACACACAGAAGUAUUUUCCUCUUCGUUUAGUCAUUCCAUUUGUCUUCCCCGCCCUGUAGGCUGAACCACGGCUGUUACAGCUCAAGCUAAAGCAUUACGUAUAAAUGCUAGUGCGUGUGAUCCUGGAUUGACUCUUUCACUUUUCACCAUGUCCACACAGAAGUGGCGGCACCAGGGAUGGGCACUGUUACAGUUUUUGAUGGUAUGCGGCUCUCACACAGAGGAGCCAGCCUGCAAACAAACAGGGGAUCAUGAAAAUCCCCAACUAUUUAAGAAUGGGGACAUCAUGUUGGGUGGAAUCUUUUCGUUUCACAGCAGCUGGAAAAACAGUCAGGAUGAGUAUAACCAGAAACCACAGCAACUACAAUGCACCAGUUUGCAUUUCAGAGACUUCCAGUUUGCUCAGGCUAUGCGUUUUGGAAUAGAGGAGAUCAAUAACAGUACAGAGCUCCUGCCAGGCAUCACUCUGGGCUACAAUGUUUAUGACACCUGCGGCUCCAUUGCCAGAAGUGUAAAGGUUGCGCUGUCCUUGGUUAAUGGUAACGAAGGUAAAGCGUCACCUUUAAAGGCAUGCUCAAAACCUGCACAAGUCCAGGCUAUAAUAGGUGAAACGUCCUCCUCUCCAAGCACAGCUAUCGCUGCUGUUCUUGGGCCAUUUCACAUACCAAUAAUCAGCCACUUUGCUACAUGUGCUUGCCUCAGUGAUAAAUCCAAGUAUCCAUCGUUUCUCAGAACCAUACCCAGUGACUACUAUCAGAGCAGAGCUCUGGCCCAUUUGGUUAAACACUUUGGUUGGACUUGGAUUGGAGCUGUAAGAUCAAAUGAUGAUUAUGGCAACAGCGGCAUGGCAACGUUCACAGAAACAGCACAGCAGCUCGGCAUCUGUCUGGAAUAUUCUGUUUCUUUCUUCAGAACGGACCCAACAGGAAAAAUACAGAAAAGCAUAGACAUUAUCAAGGCGUCAACCUCAAAGGUGAUUGUUGCUUUCCUUUCUCCCAUGGACUUAGAUGUGCUACUGCGUGAGUUUUCUCAAAACAACUUGACAGGGUACCAGUGGGUUGGUACUGAAGGCUGGAUCUUUGAUUAUCAGACAGCAACCAUAGAUGUGAAUCACAUCCUGGAUGGAGCAGUAGGCCUUUCUAUUCCCAAAGCACACAUCAGUGGCUUUAGAGAGUUCAUGCUGGAUGUGAAGCCCCUCAAUUCACCUAAAAAUGACUUGUUCACAGAGUUCUGGGAGGCUUUAUUUAGCUGUAAGCUCAAGCAGUCACAAACUGAAGAGAUUCAGAGAGAAUGUACCGGACACGAGGAUCUGACUGGAGUGGAAAACGGCUUCACUGACAUGUCACUGAUGCCGAUUGUAAAUAACGUCUAUAAAGGAGUGUACGCAGUGGCCCGUGCUCUGCACAAUAUUCUGAAAUGUAAUAAAACGUGUGACACCAGCGUGACGCUAGAUCCCUCAACGAUUUUACAGCACAUACAAAAGAUUCAGUUUAAAACUAAAGAAGGAGAUGAGGUCUAUUUUAAUGAAAAUGGAGAUCCGCCUGCAAAGUAUGAAAUUAUCAACUGGCAGCCAAGAGAAAACAACACUGUGGAGUUUGUCUACGCUGGUCUUUACGAUGUGUCGUUACCUGCAGACAAACAGCUGACUUUGCAGAAUAAAUCUUUAAUUUGGACACAAAACUCGGUGCAGGUUCCUGUAUCAGUGUGCAGCGAGAAGUGUCCACCAGGAACGCGAAAAAUGCUGCAGAGAGGAAAACCUGUUUGCUGCUAUGACUGUAUGAGAUGUGCAGAAGGAGAAAUGAGCAACGUUACAGAUUCUAUAACGUGUGUGAAAUGUCUUGCUGAAUUCUGGUCGAAUGAAAGAAGAGAUGCCUGCGUAAAAAAGGAAGAGUUGUUUCUAUCAUAUGAAGAAAUUAUGGGAGCUCUGUUCACUGCAGCCUCCUUGUUUGGAACAUGUCUGACUGCUGCUGUAGCUUUCAUUUUCUUCAGAUACAGAAAAACUCCUCUAGUCAGAGCAAACAACUCAGAGCUGAGCUUCCUGCUGCUCUUCUCCUUGACUCUGUGUUUCCUCUGCUCUCUGACCUUCAUCGGCCGUCCAUCGGAGUGGUCCUGCAUGCUUCGUCACACAGCUUUCGGCAUCACCUUCGUCCUCUGCGUCUCCUGUGUUCUGGGGAAAACAGUGGUGGUCCUAAUGGCCUUUAAAGCUCUGUCUCCAGGCAAAAGAGUCAUUAAAAUGUUUGGGCCUACACAGCAGAGACUCAGUGUUCUGGGCUUCACGUUUGUACAAGUGAUCAUAUGUAUCCUCUGGUUAACACUUUCGCCUCCAUUUCCAAUUAAAAAUUUUAAAGAAUACAAAGAUAAAAUCAUCUUGGAGUGUUCUCUGGGCUCGGCUGUGGGCUUCUGGUCUGUGCUCGGGUACAUUGGACUUCUGGCUGUGUUGUGUUUCAUUUUUGCUUUUCUGGCUCGUAAACUGCCCGAUAACUUCAACGAAGCUAAAUUCAUCACCUUCAGCAUGUUGAUAUUCUGUGCCGUUUGGAUCACUUUUAUACCAGCCUAUGUCAGCUCUCCUGGAAAGUUCAGUGUCGCUGUUGAAAUCUUUUCAAUUCUCGCUUCUAGUUUUGGACUGCUGAUUUGUAUCUUCAUUCCUAAAUGCUAUAUAAUGCUACUAAGGCCAGAAAGUAAUACAAAGAAGAGUAUGAUGGCCAAGAGGCCACCAAAGGCGUUCUAACAAUUGUUUUGUCAGAUUUUAGUAACGUAUGUUGACCCUUUACAUCUAUGCUACCUGAUCACAAGGGUCCACCAUAGUGGACAUCUACCAUGAAUUGCGGGAGUGUUAAAUUGAGUGUUUUUGUUUUUAUGUUGUGUUUUACUUUGCAUCUGUACAGCACUUUGGUCGGCUGCCAUUCCGUUUUUAAAUGUGCUUUAUA